AUGUGUGUCCUCAUUCUCUAUGCCCUCACCUACUUGGCUUUUGGACCAGGUUCUGAAAAGGACUUUCCUCAGGCCACUCCCCUGCAGAGGGUAAGGGCUGGUGCCUCUGGGCCCUACAUCUGCUCCUCAGUUGCUGGCUUGGCAGACGUCAGCAAUGGGCAGUCUCUGAAGAUUUUGGGAAAAACCUGUGAAAUUGACUGGAUGAGGGAGAGGCUGCUGCAGGCUGAGCACCCCCUGGCACGGUACCUGCAGCCUGGCCAAGUGGCGGGGGUCAGCGGGCAGCCUGCGGCAGCGGACCCGGCAGGAGCCCCGCCCGCUUGGGAAGGAGGCGGCGCAGCGCCCGGGGAGCCACGGAGCCACGCCCACCCCGGUGGGCCCGGGUGGGGCGUGGCCUCCAGAGACCGCAGGGACGCGACCCCCUGCUCUGAGCCGGGAACUCCAAGCGGAGGUCAGGCGGCCGAGCGCCACCGAAGGGUGGACACCUGGCACAGGUGGUCAGCCCCAGAAGAACAUGCCAAGAAGCGGAGGCGAGGGCUCGGUUACUGUGAAAUGGGGGCAGGUCCCUUGGUCCUGGAAGGCUGCACUGUGUUCCCCUGCUGCCUGGGCACAUUCAGGGUUGGACACCUUCCCCAGUCACCCAGAGGCCAGCCACAGGCAAGGAGGAAUGAUGGCAGCGUCUGGGUUGAGCUGCACUGCAGGCCACCUGAGCCACUCUCUCAUCGAUGCCCUAACUGCCUGAAGUGGAAGAGCAAGGGCUCAGGUUCUACGUCCUACAGGACAGCAGAUUUAGUCUGUGCCACCCGCCUUGUCCUCCUUCAUUCCAGAACAGUCCAGGCCAUGGUUCUGUCCUCUUCCUGCUGGCGGCCCCAGGACACUGGUGUACUGGCCCCGCUGCCAUCUCUCUCCCCUGAUGAGGGGGUCGCGGGGGAUGGAAACGGAUUCCUCCAUCCCCUCUUCUCCUCACUCUCCAAGGAGGGAAGGGCACAACGAGUUGGGUCACCAAGGCAGGUUGAGCACCAAGAAGUGUGCAGCCGCCGGAAGCUGCGGCUGUGGGGAAAGUGGGCCGCGAUCCGGCUGAAUAGGGUGCAAUGUGGGCCAGCUGCAGGGAUGAGCAGCGAAGAGACCCUGGAGCAGGGCCGCUCCCUCGCUGGCCGGCCUCCUACUCUCCGGGCAAGGUACGCUCCCAGAAGUGACACACACCAAGCACACGCAGGCAGCCCCGUACACGCACCCUGCAGUGGGCACCAGCUCCCACCAGGCUGCCGAGGCUCCCGCCCCAGCCUGAGUCCUCUGGCCUGGACGCCCCUCCAGCUUUGCUUCCGACCUCAGAUGGCGCCGCUGAGGGAGGCGCAGCCGGUGGGAAGCCCCAGUUCUAGCCCAAGACCAGGAAGGUGCGGGAGAGAAGCAGCCAGCCCGCUCCUACGCCCAGAAAGAGCGGGGCGACACCAGCGGAGGGGUAGGUCUCAGACACCCAUUCUUCUUUCCCAGACUCCCAGUCAUGGAGCCAGGACACGAGAGGAGUGUGGACGGGAGCAACUGUGCGUGUCUCCCUCCCAAACUGGGGACACCCCGAGGACCAGCGCGUACCUGUGCGUGGGAGGCCCCGCGUGGAGCCCCCUCAGCGAGUCCCGACCUGCUGGCUCCUCUGGCUGCCCCUGGAUAAAGCCUGGGCCCUUGACCCAGUCUCUCUGCGAAGGUGAGAAGAAUGCGCCUCCAGAUCGAAAUAGUAAGCGCAGAGCCUCGGACUGUCGGCGGAGGCGGGGAGGCGGCGCGCGGAGCCGUGGAACUCCGAGGGCGGUCGAGGGCGAGCCGGCUGGGCAGAGCGGACUCCGCGGACUCGCUCGCACACCUGAGUAG